UCGGUUUAAAAAAAGUUAGAAAAAAAAGUGAUAUAGACUUGAUCAGUAUUUUGAUAAAUAGAAUUAGUUGUGAUUGAGAUUCAGUGAAAGGAAAAUGACUGAUAUUGAAAAAUGGUUGACAGCAAAUAAAGGAGAGGUUCUAGAAAAAGCUUUGAAAAAGUACGAUAAAACAGAAAAACAACUUGAAGAAGAUGUCAGGACGAUUUCAAAAUGGUUGAGAACGCAACAUCAUUUACCGGAAAUCCCCAGUGAAAAUCAUGUGAUAAAUUCAUUGCUACUGAACAAGCUCAGUAUCGAGAAUUCUAAAAAGAAUCUCGAUUUGUAUUACUCAAUUAGGACACUGCUGCCAGAAGUAUUUGAACACAUGACCUUCGAAAAUAUUUUGAAGCAGGCAAACAGAUUUUGUUUUCUUCCUCUUCCAAAAAGAACACCAGAAGGAGACAGAAUUACUCUGGUACGACUCAUGGAACCUAAUUCAGAAUUAGACCUUCAUUCUCUGCUAGGAUACUGUGUGAACAUUAUGGAUUUGAGGCUAAGAGAAGACAUAUGCACCAGCGAAAUCAUCAUUGAUGAUUUGGAGACAAUAAAAUUGUCGCACCUUCCCUCAAUCAGUCCUAUCCAUAUGAAAAAAAUUGUUAUGAUCACAGAGAAAAUGUUCAACAACAGAGUGAAACAGAUUCAUAUCCUCAACUGUUCGCAAUAUCUCAAUCAACCUAUAAGGUGGCUGAAGAAUUUUCUCAAGCCGAAGAUAGCAUCCAGGAUAUUUUUCCAUAACAAUUUUGAGGAACUUGGGAAAUACAUAUCAUUAGAAUUGUUACCCAAGGAGUUUGGUGGUUCAGAAUCAUCAAUUAUUGAAUUGAAUGACCUAUGGAAAAAAAAGUUAACCGAAAACGCUGACAGAUUCGAUGCAUUGGUGAAAAUGAAGAUCGACGAAAAACUGAGACCAGAACCUUUAGUUAAUGACGAAAUACUCGGCUUUCACGGAAACUUCAAAAACUUGGACGUAGAUUGACUGGUCUGAACAACAUUCAGUUUCAUGAUUUCUGUCGAAUAAUAAUAAAGAUCUAUGAACUAA